AGCAGCUACACCUACACGCUGACCAUCACAGGCACACAGAGGCACAUCCACCUCACAUCCACCUCAUACUUGUAUACUCUCAGGGUUCAGUCUUUCAACCUAUCCCUCUCUGAUCUGUGCCUCCCAAUACCUUCCAAGAUGUUUACAGAGACCCUUCUUCCUGUGCAGUUAGGAGUGUAAGACAAGAGAGCCCCUACUUCAUGGGGCAGAUCAAGAGCUGAGACCAAAGAUGGUCUAUGUUGCUGACCUUGUCCUGUCCUCCUACUGUCUUAAACUAUGAUCCCUGCUGUGGUCACUGAAGCCUUUCCCUCCAAUCCAUCCUCCAUUAAGGCUGUCAGCACUUUGGGGUGCCUGCCAUCAGGAGUCCCCCAUAUAUGUAGGGGUGCUAUUUCACAGAGAUCAUCCUUUGGCGUGUCUAAACAGAACCAGAGCAGGAAGAAAAUCUCACUUGAAAAGCCCAGAACUAUUCUGUUACACAGAAGACCAGGAAACAGAAGUUUAAAACCAAGUCUAAGAAAAGUCCCCAGGGUCAUACAGUUCAUAAGCGACAGAGCCAGGAUUCCAGCACCUGGUCUGAAUGACCCGGAAGCCAGCCAGGACUUUUCCCCGCGCCUCUACAUCAGGAGUGCUGGAGCAGGAAGCGGAGCCACCAUGCAGUGCUUCAGUUUCAUUAAGACCAUGAUGAUCCUCUUCAAUUUGCUCAUCUUUCUGUGUGGUGCGGCCCUGUUGGCAGUGGGCAUCUGGGUGUCAAUCGAUGGGGCAUCCUUUCUGAAGAUCUUCGGGCCGCUGUCGUCCAGUGCCAUGCAGUUUGUCAACGUGGGCUACUUCCUCAUCGCAGCCGGCGUUGUGGUCUUUGCUCUUGGUUUCCUGGGCUGCUAUGGUGCUAAAACUGAGAGCAAGUGUGCCCUCAUGACGUUCUUCUUCAUCCUCCUCCUCAUCUUCAUUGCUGAGGUUGCAGCUGCUGUGGUCGCCUUGGUGUACACCACAAUGGCUGAGCACUUCCUGACAUUGUUGGUAGUGCCUGCCAUCAAGAAAGACUACGGUUCCCAGGAAGACUUCACUCAAGUGUGGAACACUACCAUGAAAGGGCUCAAGUGCUGUGGCUUCACCAACUAUACGGAUUUUGAGGACUCACCCUACCUCAAAGAGAACCAUGCCUUUCCCCCAUUCUGCUGCAAUGACAACAUCACCAACACAGCCAAUGACACCUGCACCAAGCAAAAGGCUGAGGACCAAAAAGUAGAGGGUUGCUUCAAUCAGCUUUUGUAUGACAUCCGAACUAAUGCAGUCACCGUGGGUGGUGUGGCAGCUGGAAUUGGGGGCCUUGAGCUGGCUGCCAUGAUUGUGUCCAUGUAUCUGUACUGCAAUCUACAAUAAGUCCACUUCUGCCUCUGCCACUACUGCUGCCACAUGGGAACUGUGAAGAGGCACCCUGGCAAGAAGCAGUGAUUGGGGGAGGGGACAGGAUCUAACAAUGUCACUUGGGCCAGAGUGGACCUGCCCUUUCUGCUCCAGACUUGGGGCUAAAUAGGGACCACUCCUUUUAGGCAGUGCCUGACUUUCCUUCCAUUGGUGGGUGGAUGGGUGGGGGGCAUUCCAGAGCCUCUAAGGUGGCCAGUUCUGUUGCCCAUUCCCCCAGUCUAUUAAACCCUUGAUAUGCCCCCUAGGCCUAGUGGUGAUCCCAGUGCUCUACUGGGGGAUGAGAGAAAGGCAUUUUAUAACCUGGGCAUAAGUGAAAUCAGCAGAGCCUCUGGGUGGAUGUGUAGAAGGCACUUCAAAAUACAUAGACCAGUUACAAUGUUG